UUUACAGUUGUGUACGUUCUGCUUGACGAAUCGGAGUCGCUAUAAAAUGUAAAAAAAUACCCGGAUGUUAUAUAUUCGCACAAAUCGGCGGGAAGACAGCCUUCAAGACGUCGUGCUGUGCGCAUUUUCGGGUUUGCUUCGGACGCGGAUUGUCGAUAAGCAGGAAUCCAAUUAGAAUGUCAGCCAGCGCAGUGAUUCACUCCCUCGCUCAGCGACGGCGCUCUCUUUCUCUUCCCCUCUCCAACGAACCAAAGAACUCGAAACUCCCGCUUUCCCAACAACAACUACAACAGCAGCAGCAUGGACACCACGAACAACAACAACGCCCAUCUUGCAGACAAAAAUAGUACAAACUUCGUCGACAUUCUGACAAAAAUGAAAAUACUUGCUAACUUGAUCCUCGCACUUCCUCUGGGAAGCAACAGUCCGUGUCCAUAUCCAUUGAAGCUGUUAAAAAACCAUCGUUUGAAGAUCCGCCCAGCGACUAUCGGCACGGUUGUGACAUUGAUAACAGCAAUUGUUGUUGCUGUAUUUAACAAUAAUGCCGCUUACAUGUUGUCGAAAAAUGAGAAGCUGGUUAUCGCAUCCUUGAUUUACAUGCUGAUUGUUAAUUUACUAAUUUUUUGCAAGCCGGCAAGCAUUCUGGUUUUAAUGACUUUGUAUGCAGCAGCCCAAGUGCUAACCCUUCCAUAUUGUGUCCUGCUCAUCCUUAACAUCCGCCGGAUGAUCGAUGGCCAGCUCGAGAGGCAGGAGUGUGCUAUGGCCGCCCUGGGGCUUGUUCCAGACAUAAUAGGCCUAAGUCUCUUUAUAGUCUCCAUGUGCCUGGGUGGAGGAUUCGGAAGCUCCGAAGGAAGUAGCAGUGGAAGUAGCAGUGGAGGUAGCAGUGGGGGUAGCAGCAGUGGCUGUAGCACCGGUACUGGUGGCAGAUGCUUAUUGAGGAUGAGGUUCACGGUGUAAUCGAACUGUCGAGCCAUAUCCAAGAGAUCGUCGAGCAUCCACUCUUCCAGCGCCUCAAACAUGUCCACCAGUUGGGUCUCCUUCCGUGGGCCAUCGAUAAGAAGGCCGAUCACAAGCGAUACGAUCAUUGCCUUGGAGCCUACAAAAGCGCGCAGGAUCACCUUAGGGCCAUCGAACGUAAUUCGCAUUACGAGCCAAAGCUUCCGGAUUGGUGUCGUCAGGCGGUGGAGAUAGCCGCUCUCCUUCACGACAUUGGUCACGGACCAAUGUCACAUGCCUGGGAGUUGGUGACCCACCAUGAAUUUGAUCACGAGGAAAACGCAAUGGCCUGUGUGGAUAAAAUUUUUAAGGAUGCCCUCAAUCAGGAGCUAGUCUCCUUGAGAGAUGAUGGUGGCGGGCGAGGUGUUCAAUUGAUAAAGGCUUUGAUAUUGGGAUCCAGUGAGAAUCUGCCGUUCCCCAUGCUGGGACAUACCUACAUCUUUGAUAUUGUGCAUAAUCGUCGCUGCGGAUUGGAUGUGGAUAAAUGGGAUUAUCUGCGGCGUGAUAACAAGCGCCUGAAAAUACUCAGCUCUGCGGAAAUGGACUUUGAUGAUGUAUUUCUUCAGGCUCGCAUAUCACCUGAUGGUCAACGCAUAGAGUAUCGUUAUGCUGACUAUCAUCGGGUAUAUCGCUUGUUCGAGGCGCGAUCGCUGCUCCACGUAAAGGCCUAUCAAUAUCCGCUAACUUGUGCCAUGGAUGUUAUUUUUGUCAGUGUAGUACAACGUAUUGCUCCAGAACUACUAAGUAUUCGCUCAAAGGAUCCAAAGUGGCUGGAAUUGACCGACGAGUAUGUUUUAAAUGUCAUUGAAAAGGAUCCUAUAUCGAGAUAUGUAAAAGAACCUCAUCGACUCGUAGAAGUCCCCAGCAACGACUGUUCCGGAUCGGACAUCAUACGGGUGAACAGGGUCAUACCUGGACCUUGGGAGCUUAUAAAAUCCGCAAGGGAGUUAGCUUUCUUUGGCAAUAAGCGCAAGAAGCGUCCAAUUACCCGAUGUGUAAGCCCGACGAUAGUCAACAAGUGCUUUAAGUUAGAGUAGAAACAUCCACCAGAGAAUAGUUCAUGUUAAGUCAACAAACAAACGUAUGUUAUUGUUUCCAUUCGCUUCGUUUUCUUAUAUUUAAUAAACUAUAUUUCAUAAAAAGAUGUACAAAUACUCCAACGGUUGCGUUCGUAGUGCGGCCAUUCUUAUUGCCAUUUACAUUUUGUUAUCCAGCAUAGUCGUUGAGUUUUUUUUAGUUAUUUAAUGUUCUUUAUUUUUAUUUUUCGUUUCCAUUUAUAGUUAAAACUGUGAAAUCAGUGGAAAGACAAUAUGUUCUUAAAAUAUUCAUUUAUUAGUUUAUACAGUGUUUAUCAUAAUCGACUUAAAACUAAAAUACUAAACCAAAAAUUUCAACAGUUCACUUGAAGACAUCACAAUUCAAACUCAGGUCUUUAUAACAUAAGGUACUUACUAAUCUAUAUAAAUAUAAGAUGCAUUUGUCAUAUUUUUGAUAACCGCUUUGAAAUAUACACAAGAGAAAAC